ACCUUCAGCUGAUCGAACGUUCGAAAUCAUGAUACAUAUGGGCGACUUAGUCAAUACUUUUGAUAUAGACGUGACAGAAUUUAUGAAUGACGAGCAAGAAAGACCAAGUGAAGAAAAUGCGUCCUUGGGUGAAGCGACAGCACAGACCACUGACAGCGACGGCGCCGAGGCCGGGCCUUCACGACCAUGUAGAUUUGUGCCAGUCACCGAUGACGAUGUCAGACGAACAAUCGAAACUCAACAAAACAAAAACACAGCCAAGAAAACUCUAUAUGAUAUGAGAUUACUGGGCAAAUUUUUGAAGACACCAGAAAUAAACGAAGCUAGAGAAAUCCACGAAAUCCCUCCAAAUGAACUGGAAACAAUUCUAUGCAAUUUUUUUAUCAGUGUCCGUAAACCGAGCGGUGAUGACUACGAGCCUACUUCCUUACGAUCUAUGCUUUCUAGCUUUGAACGUCACCUGAAACGACACAAAUACAUGUAUUCACUGAUCAUGUAGUAUUGAGUUUAA